AUGUCAAGUUUAGCUUCGCAGUUAAAGUCCAUUAGUGACAAAACUGCGUCUGUUGCUUUAGAUCGAAAACAAAGAUCAAAAAUCCAUUCAAGAUCAAUUUUAUUUGAUCCAAAACAAGCAUCAACUCAAGAUUAUGAAUAUAUUUAUGAUAUUGCCCUUGGUGGUUUUAUAGAAUUAUGUGAUUUAGAUUCAAGAUUUAAUAAAUUUAAACAAAGUCUAUUUUCAGAAACAUCUAUCAAUUUCGAUAGAAAUUUACAAACUCCAGAAAUACUAAAUCAAUUAAAUUCAAAUAUUAAUGCAUUUUUAACAUUAGUUGGACCAUAUUAUAUGUUGACACCAGCUUUAAAAGCCAUAGAAUGGUUAAUAAGACGUUUUUAUGCAAAUAUACAUAAUGCAGAGUUAUUAUUAUUAACUGCAUUACCAUAUUAUCAACAAAAUAUAUUUAACAAGAUUUUAACAGUUAUACCUAAAAAUAAUCUCCCACAAAUAUUUGAAUGGUUAAUAAAAUUUAAAGAUAAUAAGAAUCCAACAUCUGCAUCUAUGUUGAAAGCAUUCUAUAAUGAUUAUCAUUUUUUCAAUUUUUAUUCACAAUUUUUAAAUGAUCAAGUGAAAAAUCAUACAAUUUAUAAAGAACAAUUGGUUUUUUAUUUAUCUAAUACUGUGCAAGUUUUAGCUUCUUAUUCAAAGAAUCAUGAUGAAUUGGAAAAAUAUUUACCUAUAGUUUUUGAAUCAAUUGGAUUUUUAUUAUUACCUUACGAAGAAAAAUAUUCAUCAACAAUACAGUAUGAUAUAAAAUUGACUGCUUAUUCAAUUAUGUCAGUAUUGACUUCAAUUGUGCCGAUAAAAGAAGAAUUGUUGAAGUCAUUGACUGUGUCAAUAUUGGAAGAUAAUUUAUUUAUUAAAUCUACAAUGAUAGUUUUAAGUCAGUUAUGGAGUACUUACUCUGGUGAUUAUAAAGAAUUAGAUUGUUUUAGAAAAUGGGACAUUUCUCAACUUACACCAGAGUUAUUAAAUGAAUUGUUACAAGAGGGAUUUAAAUUGAAAAAAUUUAUUACAUUGUACUUUAUUUCAGUAUUUCCUGAAGGAGGUAACUUGAUUGAUUUCAUAGAUUUAAACAGAAAAGUAUUUGAUAUCAUAUCCAAAAAAGUAUUUAAAAAUGCAACAACUGAAGAAUUAGAAGUUAAAAAUUUCCUUGUCAAAGUUUCACAAACUUUAAUAAAAACAAAUGAAGAGUGGUUUAAGGAAAGUUUGAAUGCUAAUGAUAUGAGUCUUGAUGACUUGGAAUUAAAACUACAAUCAUUAAUAGCUGAAAAACAAGAAGAGGUUGAAAUUUCAGAUGAAAUUGUUGAACUUUCAAAAGAUGAAGUUACAUUAGAUUUGGAUGGUUUGAAAUCUUCCGCAAGCUCAUAUAUGGAUUCAGCAAAUGAUGAAGAAUUCAAUACAUUACUUAAUACUUUAAUUAAUGAGUUAUCAAAAUCUUCGGUUAAAUCUCAACCUUCAAUUAUUGCAUUAUUUAUAGAGAAAGUAUUUAGCUUAGAGACUGCAUUAACAUUCAUCAUAAGAGUGGUAUUUACUCCAACUGUACCUUUUUCAAUUAGAUUAUCAUCCUUGAAAGUUUUAAAAUUAAAGUUGAAAAUAGAUGCUCAUUUGUACUUGUUAAUACCAAUUCUAUUAUUAGGUUUAUAUGAUGAUUCAAAAGCCAUUAGAUCAGGAUUUGCACAAAUUUUAAGACUUGUAAUUGAACAAAAGAAUGGUAAAGAUUUGUUUAUGGAGGACCAAAUUUACAAUUCUAUACAAGAUAGAAAAUUAAUCAAACCCGCCGAUGCCAAAACUUUAUCAGAAUUGUUAUCAAACUCAAUAGAUGAAAUUGUGUUAGAUCCAUCAAGAAUUAUCGAUGUGUUAUUCAAAGUAUUUGAAACUAAAAAGGGUAAAUUUUAUAAAAUGUUCAUUUUAUCACAAUGGUCGUUACCAUUUUUACCUAUUGUAUUUAAAACUAAAGCUUGGAGAAUUGCCUCAAUCCAAAAUGAAAAACCAUUUAAAAACACCAUAAGAUUUUCCUUCCUCGAGUCAGAUAUCGAACCAUAUUUCCUGAAAAGAAAUGAUUGGCUAAAACAAGCUGAUAUUGUUAAAAUUGGUUAUGAUUUUGAAAAUUCAUUAAUUGGAUUAGUCGGUGGUGUUUAUCAAAGAGAUGAUGAAAAAAGAGCUUUGAUUGAAGCUGAUUGGCUUUGUGAAGGUUUAGAAUCAAAAUCUGGUAAUUUACAAAUUGCAACUAAUAAUAGAGUAAUCACAGUAUUUGAUAAAUUUAUAUUCCCAGCAUCAAUUAAAAUCAUCAAUAAAUUAACUGACUUAUUAGUUAACGAUGACAUGAUUGAAUUUGAUCCAUUAAUUACCUUACAAGAAAUUUCUAUAAAUACAGAUUUAUUUUUGACAAUAUUAGGUAAUGUUCAAAUUGGAAAUACUAUACCAGAACAAGGAGUAGCUAAAAGAAGAAGAAGAUCCUCAAAUUCAACAAGACAAGCAAUAGUUAGAAAUGAAGUAAACAAUUUAGCAUCUUUACAUUUAAGAAAAUUAACAUUUAUAUUAGAUGUUUUAGAAUUUAAACUAAGAAAUAAUCAAGAUAUUGCACGUCCUGAAUUGUUGAAAAUUUUAUUUAAAAUCUUGACUGAUUUAGAUUACCUUGGAAAUGAUGGUAAUUUACCAGUUUUAUAUGCUCAAGAAACAUUAGCUACUUGUAUGUUAUUAAGUAUAAUCAACAUGAAGAGUAACAUUUUAGAUUUCAAAUUUGACUCAAAUUCAAUUAGAGCUGAUUUAAUAGUCAAUUCAAUCAGAUCAUCAAAUUCACCCCAAGUUCAAAAUAAAUUAUUAUUAGUCAUUUCGGAAUUAGCUUCAUUAGCACCUGAAAUUAUUUUACAUUCAGUUAUGCCGAUUUUUACAUUUAUGGGAGCUCAUACAAUUAGACAGGAUGAUGAAUUUUCAAAUUCAGCAUUACAACAAACAAUUGCAAAAGUUAUACCUGCAUUAGCUAAUAAUGGGAUUUCACCAAUUGAUAAUGAAAUUGAAUUUUUAUUAACUAGUUUUACAACUGCUUUUCAACAUAUUCCAAGACAUCGUAGAGUUAAAUUAUUCAAAUCUCUUACAGAUACAUUAAAACCAGAAUUAUCAAUGCAUUUAAUUGUAUUUUUGAUGGGUCAACAAUAUUCACAAAUGGUUGAAAAGAAUAAAAUCAAUGAAUCAGAAUCUAUAUUAGAAUUUAUAAAAAAUUAUCUUAGGGAAUUUGAUGCAUAUUCUCAAUUACAAGGUAUUUAUGAAUUUACAAAUUUAUGGAAACAAAUUCCAUUGACUCAAUUAGAUUCUAAUAAUGAUGAUUAUGAUAAAUUAAAUUCUAGAUCAAUUUUUGGUACUUCAAUAUUAGCAUUAACAAAUGAAGAAUUAAUUAUUUUAAGAAAUAACAUGUUACAAUACAUAAAUUUGGUAUUAAAAUCAGAUAACAGCUUUGAUGUAUCAUCAUUAAAAACAAAGAUUGGAUUGAUAUUACUUGAAGAUGAGGGAGAACCAAUUUUAAAUAAAUUUAGAGAAAUUACUUCAUUUGCAUUAAGUUCAUUAGAUCAAUUUUCAAAUGUAAAUAAAGAUAAAGCAUUAUGUUUGAAAUUAUACAGUUUAUUGAAUGAUUUAUUAACCUUGUUACCAUUGAAAUAUUUUAUUGAUUCAGUUAUUGACUCAUUGGAUAUUAAUAAAUUAUCAGAUUCGUUAUCAAUCAAGGUUGCUAAAAAUUACGCUAUUUUAACAGCUGGUAAAUUUGAAAAUGAGUUACAAAAUAGUGAAGAUAUAAACAUUGAUGAUUUAUUGAGUAUUUUAUCGGAUGGUAUUAAAAGAAAUAUUGAUACUGAAUUACAACAAGCUUAUUUGGAUUGUUUUGCAACUAUCAUAAAUAAAUUUCAAAAAGAAGAUUCUAAAUUAUUACUCGAAGCUUUGAAUACAAUUACAACCGAUCGUGGUUUAUUAAAUGAUCAACCUGAAAUUAUCAUAUCCUCAAUUAAUGCAAUUUCAAGUAUUGUCAACAUUUUAGGUGUUAAAUCUUUGGGAUUAUUUCCAAAAGUUAUCCCACCUGCUUUAACAAUUUGGGAAAAUACCAAUGAAGAUAAUGAAGUAAAUAAAUUAUUACAAGGAUCAAUAUUAGUUUUAUUAUCAUGUUAUAUCAAAAAGAUUCCUGCAUUUAUGUCCCCUUCAUUAGAUUCAAUCUUAAUUACCAUUUUAUCAAGUGAUUUAGUUGAAAUGCAAAUCAAAUCUAAUGUUAUGUCAUUAAUAAUUGAUCAUAUGGACUUAUCACAAGUUUUGAAGUCAUUGUGUAAUAUCUGGUUAAAUAAAAAAUUUUAUGCCAAUGAAUCAUCAGCUAAUUUGGGUUUAUAUUUAAACAAUUUACAAAUUAUAAUUGAUAAAAUAGAAAAGAAACAAGCUACGUCACAAUCUGCAUUAUUUAUGAAUUGGUUGAUUUCAUCAUUUGAAUUUAGAUCGUAUUGUGAAGAACAUGAUUUAUUUGAUAAUAAUACAAUUCAUAGAUUAGAAAGUUCAUUCCAUCAAUGUGCAAUUACAUUUGUUAUGAAAUUGAAUGAUAAAUCAUUUAGACCAUUAUUUGCCAAUUUGGUAAGAUGGGCAAUUGAUGGUGAAGGUACAAAUGUAGAUGAAGUUUCAAGAUUAUUAUCAUUUUUCAGAUUUUUCAACAAGUUACAAGAUCAAUUAAAGAGUAUCAUUACUUCAUAUUUUUCAUAUUUGUUAGAUCCAACAAGUACUUUACUUGAUAGAUUUAGUGAUGAUUUAUUAAAAUCUACAAAUUUAAGAAGAAUUAUGCUUCUUUCAUUAAAUUUGUCAUUUAGAUUUGAUCAAGAUGAUUAUUGGUCACAACAAGGUAGAUUUGAUUCAAUUUGUAAACCAUUAUUAAAUCAAUUGAGUAAUAUUGAAGAUUCUAUAGGAAAAUAUCUCGUUAAAGCAAUUUCAUCAUUUGUUAAAAAUGUAUCAAGUGAAGAAUAUAAUGAAAUUUUAGUAAAUGGAUUAAUUAAAUUUAUUUCAAAUGAAAAUUCAAAUAGUUCAAGUACUAAAAUAUGGACAAUUAGAACAUUAAAAACUGUAUUCCAAAAGAUGGGAGAGAAUUGGUUGAGUUAUUUACCUACAUUAGUACCAUAUAUUGCAGAAUUAUUAGAAGAUGAUGAUGAAAGUGUAGAAAUUGAAGUUAGAGUAGGUUUGGUUAAGGUUAUUGAAAAUGUAUUGGGUGAACCAUUAGAUAGAUACUUAAGUUAG